AUGCCUGAACCAGUUACUUUGUGCAGUAUUAAGAGAAUUGGAGAAGACAAUUUGGCCUUUGAAUCAAAUGAGUCACAUAAUGACAUCAACAAAGCAAAGAUACCACACAAGAAAAAAGAUGGCAUUCGAAUUGGAUUCUUUCAGCUGUUCAAGUUUGCUUCUUCGGCUGAGAUACUGAUGAUGCUUUUGGGAAGCAUCUGUGCCAUUCUUCAUGGAGCAGCCCAGCCAGCCAUGCUGAUUGUUUUUGGGAUCAUGACAGACACAUUUAUUCAAUAUGACAUUGAAAAACAAGAGCUGGAAGACCCAAACAAAGUGUGCAUGAAUAACACAAUAGUUUGGAUUAACGACUCUCACCAUCAGAAUGUCAGUAACGCAUCAAUAAGUUGUGGGUUGCUGGAUAUUGAAAGUCAAAUGAUCUAUUUUGCAAGUUCCUAUGCAGGAACGGGCUGUGCUGUUCUAGUGCUUGGAUACCUCCAAAUCUGCUUAUGGGUAACCUCAGCUGCUCGCCAGACCCAACAGAUCCGAAAAGCCUAUUUCAGGAAAAUCAUGAGGAUGGACAUAGGCUGGUUUGAUUGUACAUCCGUGGGGGAACUCAAUACACGAAUUUCUGAUGACAUUAAUAAAAUAAAUGAUGCUAUUGCUGAUCAAGUAGCAAUCUUUAUCCAGCGCUUCACCACCUUUGUUUGUGGAUUCCUGCUAGGAUUUGUCAGAGGCUGGAAGUUGACCUUGGUUAUUAUCGCAGUCAGUCCCCUAAUUGGGAUCGGAGCUGGCAUAAUUGGCCUGUCUGUGGCAAAGUUGACGGGUCUGGAGUUAAAGGCUUAUGCAAAAGCUGGAGCCAUUGCUGAUGAAGUGCUCUCAUCGAUCCGAACUGUGGCUGCUUUUGGAGGAGAAAGAAAAGAAGUUGAAAGAUAUGACAAAAAUCUGGUGUUUGCUCAAACCUGGGGGAUCAGAAAGGGAAUCAUAAUGGGAUUCUUCACAGGCUACAUUUGGUGCAUCAUUUUCCUGUGUUAUUCGCUGGCCUUCUGGUAUGGCUCAAAACUUGUCCUUGAUGACAAGGAAUAUUCUGCUGGCACCCUUUUGCAGGCAACCUUUGCAACAGGCCGUGGGGCUGCCACAAAUAUAUUUGAGACAAUAAAUGAAAAACCUAAAAUUGACUGUAUGUCAGAAGAUGGCUACAAACUGGACAAAGUCCGGGGUGAAAUUGAAUUCCAUAAUGUAACCUUCCAUUACCCAUCCAGGCCGGACGUCAAGAUUUUAGAUAACCUCAGCAUGAUUAUCGAGCCAGGUGAAACCACAGCCUUUGUUGGCCCAAGCGGAGCAGGGAAAAGUACCACAAUUCAGCUGAUCCAGCGCUUCUAUGACCCUACAGAAGGCAUGGUUACCCUAGAUGGACACGACAUUCGUUCCCUUAAUAUUCAGUGGCUGCGUUCUUUGAUGGGUGUCGUGGAACAAGAACCCGUCUUGUUUGCCACCACAAUAGCAGAAAACAUCCGCUAUGGUCAGGAAAAUGCCACUAUGGAAGACAUCAUCAGAGCAGCCAAAGAAGCGAACGCCUACAACUUUAUCAUGGAUCUGCCUCUGCAAUUUGACACCCUUGUUGGAGAAGGUGGUGGCCAAAUGAGCGGCGGCCAGAAGCAGCGAAUUGCCAUUGCUCGGGCUUUAGUUCGAAAACCCAGAAUCCUGUUGUUGGACAUGGCUACAUCAGCACUGGACAAUGAAAGCGAGGCUACUGUGCAGAAGACACUUUCCAAGGCUCGUUCUGGGCGCACUGCGAUCUCCAUAGCUCAUCGCCUGUCCACAGUGAAAUCUGCUGACAUCAUUAUUGGGUUUGAGCAUGGAAGAGCUGUGGAAAGAGGGAAACACGAAGAGCUGAUAGAACGGAAAGGAGUGUAUUUCACACUGGUGACGUUGCAAAGCCAAGGCGACAAGGCACUCAUGGAAACAUCAAUGCAAAUAUCGGACCCCAAACUUGAAAAAACGCAGCCUUUCAUCAGGGGAAGCUAUCAGGCAAGCUUACGAGCAUCUCUGCGACAGCGUUCCAGAUCUCAAUUGUCAAAUAUAGUCCCUGACCAUCCAGUAUCAAUUGUAGGAUCCUAUUCGGAGCGCAACUCUGGAAAGGAAAGAAUUCAUGAAAAGGAUGAGGAAGAAGUCAUACCUGCUAACGUGACCAGGAUUUUGAAGUACAACGCUCCCGAAUGGCCCUAUAUGGUGCUUGGAUCCCUUGGGGCAGCUGCCAAUGGGGCGGUCAACCCUCUCUAUGCCUUGCUCUUCAGUCAAAUUCUUGGAACCUUUUCUGUGCCUGAUGAAGAAGAGCGAAGAUCUCAGAUCAACGGUGUCUGCUUGCUCUUCGUGGCUGUUGGAAUCGCCUCGUUCUUCACCCAGUUCUUGCAGGGGUAUACUUUUGCAAAAGCUGGAGAAUUGCUUACACGACGGUUAAGGAAAAUUGGCUUCCAGGCUAUGUUAGGCCAAGAAAUUGGUUGGUUUGAUGACCAUAAAAACAGCCCAGGGGCCUUGACUACAAGACUAGCGACAGAUGCCUCUCAAGUUCAAGGGGCAACCGGCACCCAGAUAGGAAUGAUUGUGAACUCCUUCACCAAUAUCGGAGUUUCCAUCAUCAUCGCGUUCUACUUCAGCUGGAAACUCAGCUUAGUCAUCACUUGCUUCUUGCCUUUCUUGGCUUUGUCGGGAAUGGUGCAGUCGCGAAUGCUGACAGGCUUUGCAUCUCAGGACAAGAAAGCAAUGGAAGCUACGGGAAGGAUAUCCAAUGAAGCCCUUGCAAAUAUUAGGACCAUUGCUGGAAUCGGAAAGGAGAAAAUUUUUAUCGAUGCUUAUGAGAAACAGCUAGAAGUCCCUUACAAAGCAGCUAUUAAAAAAGCAAAUGUUUACGGAGUUUGUUUUGGCUUUGCACAGUGUAUUUUGUUCGUAGCCAAUUCUGUCUCUUACCGAUACGGAGGAUUUUUAGUUGAAAAGGAAGGACUUCACUACAGUUACGUAUUUAGGGUGAUUUCCUGCAUUGUUACUAGUGGAACCGCUUUGGGAAGAGCAUCUUCUUAUACUCCAAAUUAUGCCAAGGCUAAAAUAGCAGCCGCCCGUUUUUUUCAGCUGGUGGAUCGGAUUCCCCGAAUCAGUACGUACAGUGACGUUGGAGAAAAAUGGGAUAAUUUCCAUGGCAGAAUUGAAUUUCUCAACUGUAAGUUCACAUAUCCAUCUCGUCCGGAUACCCAAGUGUUAAAUGGCCUCACGGUGUCUGUGAAAUCCGGGCAGACCCUUGCCUUCGUUGGAAGCAGCGGAUGUGGAAAAAGCACCUGUGUUCAACUUCUGGAGAGGUUUUAUGAUGCCGAUGAAGGAAAAGUGCUGAUAGAUGGCCGUGACACCCGGAAAAUAAACAUCCACUUUCUUAGAUCUAGAAUAGGAAUAGUUUCUCAGGAACCUGUGCUGUUUGACUGUAGUAUUGGCGACAACAUUAAAUAUGGUGAUAACAGCAGAGAAAUAUCUAUGGAUGAAGUGAUAACAGCUGCCAAGAAAGCCCAAUUGCAUGAAUUUGUGAUGUCACUCCCCCAAAAAUAUGAAACCAAUGUUGGGGCUCAGGGGUCUCUCCUGUCGCGAGGGCAAAAGCAGCGCAUUGCCAUUGCGCGUGCGAUCGUUCGAGACCCUAAGAUCUUAUUACUGGAUGAAGCAACUUCUGCACUGGAUACAGAAAGUGAACAGACUGUGCAGGCUGCCCUGGACAAAGCUCGAGAAGGCAGGACCUGCAUCGUCAUUGCGCACCGCUUGUCCACCAUUCAGAAUUCUGACAUCAUCGCUGUCAUGGCUCAGGGAGUCAUCAUUGAGAAGGGCCCUCACCAGCAACUGAUGGCCCAGGAGGGGGCAUACUAUAAACUGGUCACCACUGGGGCACCCAUUAGCUGAGCUUCUGCCCUCCCUGUGGGGGUUGUGUUCACCUUCUUAAGGGAUUGUGCUAAAACCAUUAUGAACAUAUCAACCAGCCUUGUGUGGCAAAAGACGACGAUGCACCUAUGUUGGGAAAACCACUUUAACUGAGAAAGGGAAGCC